AUGUCCCGUGACAAUAAGAUGAAGGGUCUCCUUAAAGGGUUGAAAUUUAUUUCUCAGAUAUUUGAUAGUAAUGAAAAAGAACCAGAAAUUGAGAUUGGUGGUCCCACAGAUGUAAAGCAUGUGGCACAUAUUGGAUGGGAUGGUCCUACUGAAAAUGCUCCCAGCUGGAUGAGUGAAUAUAAUUCUGUUACAGGGCUUUCGUCAUCAGCACCUCUAAAUAUGAAUGGAGAUAGAGGAACUGAUGAUUCAGAGAAUUGGGUCGCUCCAGAAACAAUAAAAAGAGGUUCAAGGUCAAUGCAUCUUGAAGAGAACACACAUGAGUUACCUUUACCUAAAUCAUCUAAGAAUCAACCACAUUCAACUAGAAACUUAAGAGAGUCACAUGCAAAAGAAAAAGCAGACAAACCAAGACAACCAAAAAGGAACUCAAAACGUUCAACAUCAAAUGAUGCUUUAAAUGAAUCCAACCUCACAACAAGAGAACAACCUAUACCAAUGGAUACAGAUUCUCUCCAACUCCAAAAAACUAGUGAUGAUAAUUUGCCACCUAAGAUCCAAUCAGACAACCCUAAAAGGACUAAUUACAAGAAAACAAAAGAUGUUCAAGGUGUUAGUGGAUCAUCCAAAUCUAGAUUAAAAUCUCAACAUAAAGAACACAAUUCCAACGAAGACACACCUUCAAUAUCAUGUUCCAAAUCUAAGGAUCAAAUUUCCAAUGAAGAGAUAGGUUCUAAAUCUAAAGAACCUAAGUCUAAAGAAGGAUCUCAUUUGAGGUCCAAUGAAGGACGACGUCAUUCAAGACCUGAUUCCAAACCUAAAACGAAGCAUAGAAUCAAUGAAGAAGAUGGACAAUUUGAGAGAGAAUCUAGUGAAGAUAUAUUGAGAAAUUGUCCAAAUUAG